CAGCCAUUUUCUCCUCUAAUGCAACCUCUGGCAUUUUGUUUUCAUUCCUUUAUUUAAUUCACUACAGUAUGUAUAAAUCUAAUGUCAAAGGCUUACUUAUGUUCUACCAAUCCCCCUUUUCCAAAAGACUUUGCCUUUACAUCUCACGUUGUAGAGUGUAAGAGCAUACUCUUUGACUGGUUGUGAGAGGUUCCAGCAACAGAGCAGUGACUGUGCUUUUUGCAGUUUAGCAACAAAUGUUUGAAUACAAUUAUGUGCUGCGAGGUCUCAGCCAUUUUUUCCAGUCGCUGAUGUACUGUAUGUUUGUAUGCACACACACACACACACACAUACGACCUAUUUUCUCAUUGAGCCUCAGAUAAAUUCUGAUGAGUGUUUCACCAAAUUUCAGCACUAGACAAAAUCGUUAAUUUGAUUAGAGUACGGUCACUAAAAAACGUAACGUAAAUGAAUGGAGUACCUGUAUGCCUCAGCCUUGACCUACAGGGUUUUUCCUGUCUGUGAAUACACGGCCAUUUGCUGCUCUGUCCGCCCUAAAGCACAUUUUGACUUCAUUUUGUUUUACUAUUAUUUCCUUUGCCUCCUGUUUUGUUUUCUGUCCAGUAGACACUAAUUGUUAUCAGUUGUGUGGGCACGUGUGCUGUUUGAAUUAGAAUGUGGUGAUCUAAUGUGAAGUGCAUGGUGUUCUGCCUCUCCUGUCUUCCUAAUCCCGCUGUGUUAGCUGUAGAACAGUGUCCACUGUGAACCUCGUUCUCCCUGACGUGCAGUGUGGUGUGUGUGUGUUGUGUGUGUGUGAGCUCAGACACCGUGCCGCUGGCAUGCCAUCAUCGGUUCCAGCAGUUGCUCUCCAGGGUAGCGAGUCAUGUAGCUCUGUUUUUGGGAUGCCAGGCCCCACUGGUGUCGGAGGAAGUCCAGUACCAAUAACUUUUGAUCAAUGAUAUUCACUGGCCAGCACUCAAAUUCAUUGAUCUCGUAAAUACUUCUGAGUGUAUGGAUACAUUGUUCAGGACACAUUUUUAGGAUAAAUGCCAUGAUGCAGAGUAUUGGGACAUUCUGAAAUAGAAUUCUGAAUUCCUGGAUUUUAAUGGUAAACUUUCCUUUACGACAUUGGUUUCUCACAGUGGGAAUCAUGGAAUAGUACUAAUGCUAUCUGUAUGGACACCUAUCGAUCACAACCAAGAACAGGAACGCAAAGUUGGAACGUUAUUUUACAUCUAACAAGCGCGUCAAUCAAGUGCUCAGUUAGCUGUCCCUCUGGGCUUUAAGUGUAGACUUAAAUACACAUACACUAUCAAUUGGUUGAAGUACCAGUUUAGGUGAUGCAGAUUUCAUUUAUCCAGAAUACAAGGAAGGACAGACCUGAAUUCUUAACAUGGAACAUAGCAGUGAAAGAAUUACUGUUAUUUUUAAACUGGCCUUUCUCGUAAUGGGGAAUGAGGAUGUAAUCAUGAAGAAACGUUGCCAGAAACACCCUCUGUGUCAGGCUGCAGAGCUGGUCCCUGUGAACGUGCUCCUGGCCACCUGAUCUGCUUACCCAUAACUCCGCUGGAUCACAUGAACGCUUUUCCGCAGCCUUUGGCUUCAUUUCAGCACACUCCUUACAGUGGGUUCUUCCUCUUCGUCAUGUGCUUGGUGAUCAUGGGGUCAACUGACUAGGUGAAGGCUUAAAUCGCUGUUAGCAUUUAGCCGUCUGACAAUCAAGGGAAGGAUGCAAUACGGGGGUGCUCAUGAUCUGAUAACUUCACAGACUCCGCUGUGAGCGCACGGGUGAACGGCGAGCACAAAGAGAAAGAUCUGGAGCCGUGGGAUGGGGGAGAGCAGCACGCCACCGACAGCCUGGAGUCUCUGGACACGGACCUGUCUAAUGGCUGGGACCCUGAUGACAUGUUCAAGUACAACGAGGAGCAAUACGGCAUCAAGUCCACUUAUGACAGCAGCCUGUCUUCAUACACAGUUGCCCUGGAGCGGGACAACUCGGAGGAGUUCCUGAAGCGAGAGGCACGGGCAGCCGCGCUGGCAGACGAAAUAGAGUCGAGUGCCACCUACAAGGCCCGCGUGGCGCUGGAGAACGACGAGCGCUCCGAGGAAGAGAAGUUCACCGCAGUGGUGCGAGGAGGAGAGCGGGAGGGGCACCCACUCAACAGAGAGAACAAGUACAUUCCCCCCGGGCAGAGGAACCUGUCAUGGGGCUCCGGCCGCCAGAACUCCCCCCGGCUGGCCCAGUGCAGCCCCGGCCCCCACACCCCUCGCUCUGCUCCCCAUGACUACAGCUCAUCCCCCAACAUGGACCAGCGCGUCGUCAACGGAGGUAGCCAUCCCUGGCCAUCCCGCUGCCAGUCUCCCUCCUCUCGCCCGCCCUCUCGCUACCAGUCCGGCCCCGGCACUUCCAUGGCCGCCGCCGCCUCCUCCUCCUCCUCUUCCUCCUCAUCUUCAUCCUCCCUGCCCCCCAGGGCGGCUACGCCCACCCGACCUCCCUCCAGACCCCCCUCCAGGCCGUCCCGGCCCCCGUCUCACCCCUCACCCGCCCCCAUCUCCACUCUGCCCAAACGCAUGGCCUCCGAAGGUCCUCCCAGGAUGUCCCCCAAGUCACAGCGCACUCCCCGGACGCACCGCGUUCCCUCCUGCCGUGGCGGAGGACCUCCGGGAGGGGACUUCCUGUCCCACAAUGCACCUGGGGAGGCAUCGGCUCCCCCAGCCGCUCGUAGUAGCCCCUCUGGUGGUACCUGGUCUUCCGUGGUCAGUGGAGCGCACAGACCUCGAUCCCCACGGCAGAACAGCCUGGGUGGAGCGUCUCCUGGGUCCUCUGCAGUGUCCGCUCCCCAGACUGGCACUGCCCCUGUGGAUUCAGUGGCCACUCCCAUGACGGCUGGAUCGCCCAUCGCCGCCAGCCCCGCCUCCAACCUGGCAGCCACGCCAUCAGCCGAGGCGAAAGAGCCUCGGGUGCAGGAGGCAAGGCAGAACUCUCCCACCGCCAACAAGGAGAACGUGAAGCCGACUGUGGAGUCGUCUGCCAGCAUGGCCAGAACAGUCAGCAAAGGACCUCCCAGCAUGGCUCCGGACCACAGAAAGCAAAUAGACAAUCUGAAGAGGUUUAGUGUAGAUUUCAGGCUGCAGUCCAGUUCAAACCCAGACCCAGUCUUCGACGCCAAGACCGGUCCCGGGGAGAAGCCGAAGGAGCCUCCGCUGGACAAGGGCCCCGCCGACUCCACCGGCUCCAAAGCAGACUCCUCUGGCAGAGACGAGACCUCCACGACCCCUGUUGCCACGGCCACGACCCCCAACAUGAGCACCGGAACCAAGACGGGCGCCCCCUCCCCGUCUCCCUCUCCCUUGGGCGCGGAGCAGAAGAGAAGCCCAGACGUGACCUCACAGGGCGUCCAGACGUCCACCCCGGCCUCCAGCGGCGGAGCGGCCAAACCAGACGGAAAGGACGACAAGGAGGAGAAAAAGGACCCAGUGCCCGAAAACAUAAGGAAGUCCACCCUCAACCCCAACGCCAAGGAGUUCAAUCCUCGAGCAUUCUGUACACCACCUAAGCCGGCCACGCCGACCCUGCCACGACCCCAGGGCCAGCCUAGCCCCUCCAUUGUGGUGCAGCAGCCGCCGACUGUGUACGGCCAGCCCGUGUGCUUCCCCCAGAUGUACCCGCUCACACCCGUCAGCCCUGGAGUUCAGAAAAGCAUUAUCUGGAAGCCUCCAGCGAUGUACCAUGUGCAGGUUCCUCAUAUGACGGUGAGCCAGUCCAAGCCCUACAGACCAGGUAAAGUGCCCAACAUGCCCCAGCAGAGGCCUGAGCAGCACCACCCUCAGGGCACGUCGGCCAUGAUGCACCCCGCCAACGCUGCCGGGCCCCCCAUCGUAGCACCGAGCCCAGCCUACCAGACCCAGUACUUCACCUGUAGCCCCCAGCAGUUCGCCAGCCAGCAACUGGUGCAGCAGAUGCCACACUAUCAGUCACAGGCCCAGCAUGUCUUCAGUCCUGUGAUGCAGGGCGGUGCCAGGAUGAUGACACCGCCUGCACAUGGUCAGCCCACACUGGUGUCCACCUCCGCCGCACAGUAUGGCGAGCAGACACACACUAUGUAUGUGUCAGCCGCCCCAAUCCCACAGCAGUACCAGCACCCCAAUGCCACGUUGCACGCCCACCCGCAGCACCCCCAGCCCUCUGCCACCCCCACGGGCCAGGGCCAGCAAGGAGGGCAGCACGGGGGCAACCACCCUGCACCCAGCCCCGUGCAGCACCAGCACACGCAGCACCAGGCCCAGCAGGCGGCCUUGCACCUGGGCAACUCGCAGCAGCAGCAGAUGUACUCAGCCCUGGCCCCCACCCCGCCCUCCAUGACCCCUGGGCCUAACCCGCAGUCGCCCCAGGGCAACUUCCCCUCAGCCCAGCAGGCUGUCUACCUCCACCCCCAGCAGGUGCAGCACGGGUACAACCCCUCGCACAUGGCCCAUAUGCAGCAGGCUCACAUGCAGUCUGGUAUGCACCACGCCCAAGCCUCGCAUCCCAUGAUGCUGAUGGCCACACAGCCCCCCGGCGGGCCCCAGCAGCAACUCCCCCAGAACGCCCUCAACCCCAUCCCAGUGUCCUCCACAACACACUUCUCCUACAUGGCACACGCCCCAGUGCAACAACACCAUCAACAGCAGCUAUAGUGGAGGAUGACUGGCGCGUGGCACCCCCCUCUAUCCCAGAAACCAAUCCUCAUACCCCCAGAGCUCUCCCCUAGCCCGAUCCCUCGAUCCUCCAAAAAGCCCUUACUUGUCCUGAACCAGGGGGCAGUCACUAAACCCACAUCAUGUUGCCCUAUCCUCCUUUUCUUCCCAGUAAUCAAAGAGUACUAACAGGUAAAAGAGGUGUCGAACAGAGUUUUUAACAAAAAGUUUUAACGAGAAUGGACCCUUCCUAGAUGAUUCAAAAACGGUGCAAUGCAUCUUGCAGUUGGCAGGGGGCACUAACUGCAAACCUGAAUCAGCAUGCCAAGAGCGAAGACAGAGAGUAAAACUGGAACUUGCGUUUCCAUCUGCACCUUGAAACUUACAACUCUUCCAAUGUAUACACAGUAUUAACAUUACUGUUAACUGCUGCUGCUAUCGCUGCGUUCAAGACUUGGGGUUAAACUACCAACAAAAAGAUAUCUGAUAAACAAAAAUGAAACAUGUUGUAACUUAACAAAAGAGAAGCUUCCUGUAACAAACCGAUUUGGCAGAAACUGAGGGAUUAUUUAAGAAUUAUGAUGGUAAGCCCUGAUUCACUUGACCGUUGCAUAACUGUUAAGUUUAAAAAAAAAAAAAAAAAAAGAAAACUUUUACUUUGUAGAUAAUAUAAAUGAAUAAAAAAUUAAGAAAAAAAUACAAAAACAUUAAAAAAGAUUUAAAAACUGAA